AUGGAUAAGAAAGAUUUCAGUAGUUUAGAAACUCAUAGGAGACCUCAAUCUUCCAGCAAACGGGAGACUAUAUACCCACCACAGAAGGAGACUGGUCUAGUUGGAUAUUACAAGAAGCAAGAUAAUGAUAGACCAUUCAUAAACGAGGCAUUUUCACCUGAAAAGCAAGGAAUCGCAUAUAAACAGUAUAAAACCACAAAAAAGCAUGGAAAAAAGAUCCACAUUCACCAAAAUGAUUCUCUUUCUAUAAAAGACCAAGAUUUGCGAAGUCCUAAAUCUUUCCCCACACUGUUAGAGGCUAGCAACUCUAAUAAUAAUAAUAAUGACGAUGAUGUGUUUGGAGUCAUAGAUAUGAGCAAAAUAACACCGAGCCCAAUGAGAAAGAGGAGACAGUUGAAUAUCGGGGUUAUUGAUGGAUUAUUAGAGAUAAGUGACGACGAGGAAGAUGAAACCAAAAAGACCAAAAAGCAAAAGCAAAAGCAAAACGUGUUUUCAACUGAGCUUGAACCACUUAAUUUACUCAAUGCUUUUGAAGAGUCGAAAUAUGGAACUCGAGAUAUGGUUCUUGAAAAGUAUAAAUCAAAACAUAUCCCAGCCUCUGUCCAAUCGCGAAAAACGCUUCUAGACCGUGCUCGAGCCCAUUUUGAAGUUCUAGGUCCUAUACUACGAGGAAAAAGCCCUCCAUCUAUGUAUUAUGAAGAGGCCAAGAAGUUGCAAAAGAAGUCCGCGCAUGAAACCAUGACAGCUAAAGAACAAAUGAAAAUAAAUUGGGAGUCGUUUUAUGGUGGGUACUAUGGAUUUCAAAGACAGUCGAUAAUUGGGAAGGAAAUAACAAAGGUAUGUAAAAAGGAGUUGCACAAGAAUAAGAAGAACCCAACCAUUAGCUACUGGUCAAUACCGAGCUUUGCUACGCAUGUGCUUGCAAAUGAAGUUAUAAUAAGAUUGAUUAUGGAAGACAUGAAACUCGAUUUUGAGCAAGCGGAAAAUUUUUGUAAGGAUACUGUUGACUAUGGGAUUGUCAUUGCUGAUAAGGUCGAGAUUGAUGAUGAUGUGUAG